UGCGUCUCUCCGCAGCAGGUUGAGGGUUGAGAGGUGAAAGGUCGUAUCCAACAUGGCGGCUCCCGUGGAUGACAUGUUUUCUCUGUGUGUGGACCCCGGUAAAGCAGCCGGCGGCGUGGAGGUCCGGUUUAUAGACAAUGUGAAGGGUAAAGGUCUGUUUGCUAGAAGGAGCAUCAAGAAGGGAGACAGCAUCUUCAUCGAGCGGCCCCUCGUCUCUUCUCAGUUCCUGUGGAAUUCUUUGUACAAAUAUAAAGCCUGUGAGUUCUGUCUACGUGCUCUGGAGACGGCGGAGGACAAUGCGAGGAGACUCAGCGGGAUCCCCGGGCUGAGCCUUCCUCACCCUGAGCUGUGCAGGGUCCGACCAGAGCUGCACCAGGCCUGCCCCCAGUGCCAGGUGAUGUAUUGUAGCAGCGAGUGUCGACAAGCUGCAGCAGGUCAGUACCAUCGAGUUCUGUGUCUGGGUUCGUCCCAGGAGGAUCCAGAUCAUCCUCUCAACAAGAUGAAGGAGGCGUGGAGGAGUUUGCAUUAUCCUCCAGAGACCUCCAGCAUCAUGCUCAUGGCCAGAAUGGUUGCUCUAGUCAAACAGGAUAAAGACAAAGCCCAUUGGCAGAAGCUCUUCUCUCACUUCUGUAGCCGGACAGCGAACGAGGAGGAGGAGAUCGCCCAUAAGCUCCUGGGAGAGAAGUUCAGGGGACAGUUGGCCUCGUUACACGGCCUUUUCAGAACCGCACUUUAUGAUGAGCAUCUCAGUCGGUGGUUUUCUCCUGAGGGUUUCCGCUCUCUGUUCGCUCUGGUGGGAACCAACGGACAAGGCAUCGGCACCAGCUCCCUGAGUCAGUGGGUCCAUGGCUGCGAUGCACUGGAGCUUCCUGCCCAGCAGAGGGAGCAGCUGGACUCCUUUAUCGACCAGCUGUACAAGGACAUUGAGAAAGAAACGGGAGACUUUCUGAACUGUGAGGGCUCCGGACUCUUUCUGCUCCAGAGCUCAUGUAAUCACAGCUGCUCGCCCAACGCCGAGGCCUCCUUCCCCGACAACAAUUUCCUGCUUCACCUCCGGGCCCUCGGCGACAUCCACCCAGGAGAGGAGAUCUGCAUCAGUUACUUGGACUGCUGUCAGCGGGACCGAAGCCGCCACAGCAGACACAAAACCCUGAGGGAGAACUACCUGUUCGUCUGCUCGUGUCCAAAGUGCGUCUCCCAGAUGGACGAGCUGGACGUGACAUCAGAGGAGGAGGAGGAGGAAGAAGAAGGCGAGGCAGAAGGUGAAGCAGAGGGGGACGAGAUUGAGGAUGAGAUGACAGAUGUCUGAUGAAAGACUUUCCCGUGUUGUUCUCAGCCGCUCCUGCCACCACGCUAAGCAGCCACGAAGCCCGGAAGAAUAAAGAACCAUGUUCAAACCAUGAUCUGCAUUUCAACAGAACCGCUCAAGCUUCCUGUCAUCAACACAUUUCUGUCACUUUGUUUACUUUCUGAGGGCAGCAACACAACGGUACAUGUAUGUAGUGUGUGUCAGUGUUGGGAUUCUGGCUCUGCUCAAACACACUGGGGUUUUAAAUACUGCAGUGGUCAAAAGAUGUAAGUGCAGACUCAACCCUGAAAUCAAGUUUCAGGGUUUUUGGAAGUUCACAUCCACUUUGGGUUAAUAGUAUCAGAUUAUAUGUGUAAAAGGAAGAAAAUCUCCAUAGAGAUUCAACUGGUAGCAGAGUUUCCCCCAAAUCUCGGAUUCUACUGGCUAUUGUCUGACAAAGAAUUAGCCUCUUGGGGCGAUAGUCAAUAUUUGUUUCUCCCGGUGUAGACAGCGGGCCGAGACUACCACUGUUUACAGUCCAAUUAUUUUCCACAAACUGUUAUUUCUUUCUCAUCCAUACAGCAUUUGGGCUCCAACCCAUAACCCUAAACCUAACCCUAAUUAAAAAGCCACCAGCUGACUCAUCGCUUGCUCUCCAAACGGACUGUUUACCUUUGGGAAACCAAAGCCUGCUCCAGCAUCACUGGUCAAACUAGAAGGAAACCAGAAUGAUUCCAAAACCUUGACCCUCACCUGCAGAUUCUGCGUCUUCACAAUCUGCUUAUAGACACAUCACAAAAAAAAAAAAACAGACCCAUUUGCAUUAGUAGAUGCAUGAAUGGGAUGAACCUACAACCACUCUCAGCAACUAGACGUGCUACUUCGCAUAAGAAACAAAUGCUACGAGUAGGAAAAUACACUGUUGAGUUUGUGGAAGGCAUGUAAAUCAGUGUGGGAGGGGGGGGAGAGAGAAGAGAGAGGAGAGAGAGAGUGGAGUGGAUCCCAUCUGUGAGAGCAAAUAAACAAGAGAUAAAUGAUCCGUCUGGUUUCCUGGUUGGGGAACUGCAGUGUCGUGUUAACAUGAGUUUGUCACAUCGAAUGACCCGUUAUAUUACAGUCACUCAUGGUCAGUAAAUACAAUGGAGAUUUAGAGCAGCUUUAAAGUUGAAAGUCAGCCCCCCCCCCCAGCCCCCGCAUAUGUUGUUGUGUCAUUUGAAAUCCAGUGUGCAGGAGAACAGAACCCAACUCCUGACUUCACCGUGUGUGACGUUCAGCUCCACUCAACACACCUCAGAAGAACGGCGACCAUAUUUCCUGUUCCUGAAACCUCAUAAACAAAGUCACACAGAGAAUUUGGUUCUCAGGAUGUUGUUGUUUUUGCUCAACUUGUAAUAAGUUUCCUACCGGACUAUGCACAUUGUUCUGAGGAGGCUUUUAAUUUAUAUUCCGAUGUAAUUACAGUCCUGUCACAUGAGUCAUCCAGCCACUAAAAUAUACUUUGAUUUUCAUUCCAUGAUCUAUGGAGGCAAAGUAAAACCUUACUUAGUGCAUUAUGGAGACCUUGAGUGGAAAAUUGCUUUGUCAGUAACUGUUUGCCCUUUGUUGAGGACUGUAUUUCAAGCCGCGGUUCCACACGGGUGAAACUGCUGCUGCCGCCUGCACAUGAAUCAAUAUCACAAAAAUGACUGUAAUCACAAAUCCCAGUGUUUUCAGUUACUCCGCCAAGAUUGGAAAUAUCGAAAGAGCAAUCCCGAUUCCUCUCACUCUGCAUUCCGCUCGAUGGCAAAGGGGCGACGUGGCAUUGUAAGUCACACAAGUAUAAUUUAAAUAUAAUAACAGCAGCAAACAGAAGCCCUGCAGUUGUCAUUUUUACUACUCGGGCAUAAACCAUUGAAAUUGGA